CGCGCGCCGCAGGUCCCCACGCGGCUUCCGUUCUAAUUAAGAUGGCGGCGCCCGGGGGCUUGUGGAGCGGCCGUAGAGGGUGCCGCCGCCUUAGGCGAGGUCGGGCCUCACUGCGCGGAAGAACCGCCUCCGGCAGCAGCAGCACCACCGCUUAGCAAAGAAUUCCAGGCCCUGCCCAGAACGGCAGCUACACCAUGGAUUCUUCCAGUUCACCUAACUCUUUUUUCUCCGUCGGCUCCACCAGUCCUGGCGCUGUCGUGCUCCUCUACUCGAAGGAGCUCAAAAAGUGGGAUGAGUUUGAAGAUAUUUUAGAGGAGAGGAGGCAUGUCAGUGACUUGAAAUUUGCAAUGAAAUGCUACACACCUCUUGUCUAUAAGGGAAUUACUCCUUGCAAGCCAAGUGAUAUUAAAAGUAGCGUUCUCAAUUCUGAACAGGUUCAUUACAUCAUUAAACAGCUUUCCAAGGAAUCCCUUCAAUCUGUUGAUGUCCUCCGAGAGGAAGUUUGUGAGAUCUUAGAUGAGAUGAGCCACAAACUGCGUCUGGGAGCCAUCCGGUUUUUUGCCUUUGCCCUGAGCAAAAUAUUUAAACAGAUUUUCUUGAAAGUGUGUGUAAAUGAAGAGGGUAUUCAGAAACUACAACGAGCCAUCCAGGAGCAUCCAGUUGUUCUGCUGCCUAGUCAUCGAAGUUACGUUGACUUUCUGUUAUUGUCUUUUCUUUUAUACAACUAUGAUUUACCUGUACCAGUCAUAGCAGCAGGAAUAGACUUCCUAGGGAUGAAAAUGAUUGGCGAGCUGCUGCGGAUGUCGGGUGCCUUUUUCAUGCGGCGCACGUUUGGUGGCAAUAAACUCUACUGGGCUGUAUUCUCUGAAUAUGUAAAAACUAUGUUACGGAAUGGUUAUGCUCCUGUUGAAUUUUACCUCGAAGGGACAAGAAGCCGUUCUUCUAAGACAUUGACUCCUAAAUUUGGUCUUCUGAAUAUUGUGAUGGAACCAUUUUUUAAAAGAGAAGUUUUUGAUACCUACCUUGUUCCAAUUAGCAUCAGUUAUGAUAAGAUAUUGGAAGAAACUCUUUAUGUAAAUGAGCUUCUGGGCAUUCCUAAGCCAAAAGAAUCUACAUCAAGAUUGUUGAAAGCCAGGAGGAUUCUCUCUGAAAAUUUUGGAAACAUCCAUGUAUACUUUGGAGACCCUGUGUCACUUCGAUCUCUGGCAGCUGGGAGGAUGAGCCGAAGCCCAUAUAACUUGGUUCCAAGAUAUAUUCCUCAGAAGCAAUCAGAGGACAUGCAUGCCUUUGUCGUCGAAGUUGCCUACAAAAUGCAGCUUCUGCAAAUUCAAAACUUGGUUCUGAACCCGUGGGCCCUAACAGUUGCUGUUCUGCUUCAGAACCAGCCAUCCAUGGACUUUGACGCUCUGGUGGAAAAGACUUUAUGGCUGAAAGGCUUAACCCAGGCCUUCGGGGGGUUUCUCACUUGGCCUGAUAAUGAACCUGCUGAGGAAGUUAUCCAUUCCAGCAUUCUUCUGCAUUCCAACAUCGCCAGCCUCGUCAAGGACAAGGUGGUUCUAAAAUUGGAGUCCGGGGACUCAGAAGUGGUCGAUGGACUUAUUUUCCAGCACAUCACUCUCCUCCUGUGCUCAACUUAUAAGAACCAGUUGCUCAACGUUUUUGUUCGUCCCUCCUUAGUAGCUGUGGCAUUGCAGAUGACACCUGGGUUCAGGAAAGAGGAUGUCUACAGUUGCUUUCGCUUCCUACUUAAUGUUUUUUCAGAUGAGUUCAUCUUCCUUCCAGGAAACGCACUAAAGGACUUUGAAGAAGGCUGUUUCUUACUUUGUAAAAGUGAGACCAUACAAAUGACGACAAGGGACAUCCUAGUUACAAAGAAAGGAAAUACUGUGUUAGAAUUUUUAAUAGGACUCUUUAAGCCUUUUGUGGACUGUUAUCAGAUAAUUUGCAAAUACCUCUUGAAUGAAAAAGAAGACUACUUCACUGAGAAACAGUACUUGGCUGGUGUUAGAAAAUUCGCAACUCAACUUCUCGAUCAAGGUGCCUCGCAGUGUUAUGAUGUGUUAUCUUCUGAUGUACAGAAAAAUGCAUUAGCAGCUUUUGUGAGGCUAGGGGUGGUAGAGAAGAAGAAGGAAAAUAGUGACUUUAUAUUUAAUGUGAAUGAACCUGCCACAGCAAAAUUAGAAGAAAUGCUUGGUUGUAAGACACCAGUAGGAAAACCAGCGACUGCAAAACUUUAAUAAUUGCCAAAGAGUUAUGGAAAAUUUGAUCAUAGAAUUACUGUCAUUCAAAGACUCUUAUUACAACAAACAGGGAAGUAAAGAAAGAGACCCAUCUUCUCGUACUUCUUGAGACUUUGAGAACAGUGGGCUCAGUAGAGAGGAAGAGAUGAUCAGUGUAAGUAAUCAGUGUCAUCUUCUCCACCACAAUAGUUAAAAAGGCAUUUGUAUCCAGCUCUGUGUGUGUUUUAAAAUAAAACAGUCUUUUGGAAACAUGUUUGGAAAAA